AUGUUUUGGAACUCUGUUGCCAUUUUUGCACUCCUUGCAAAACAUGCUUCAACCCAGGAAACACCAUAUGGGGCAUCUGAAUUUUUGCGGUUUGGAUGUUCACAGCUUGUUAUUGAGCGUGCUGAUCCGCUUGUGACUCCAGGACUAAACCCAUCGCCACAUAUGCAUCAAAUUGUAGGAGGCAACAGCUUCAACGUGACGAUGGACCCCUCGACCUUUGACCCACCUGCAAGAUCAUCAUGUACCUCCUGCAUUUAUAAAGAAGACAGGUCAAACUACUGGACCGCUUCCAUUUACUUCAAGUCGCCUGAGAAUGGUACAUACCGCAAAGUACCGCAGAUGGCCAAUGGUCGCCGAAACAGAACCCUACUUGAGCAGGAUGGCGGCCUCACCAUAUACUACAUGCGCCCAUUCCUCGGUAACAAUACGAAAACUACAGCCAUGAGCCCGGGUUUCCGCAUGCUCGCCGGUGACCCCAACAAUCGCAGCAAAAACGGGACGUAUCCGGGAAUCUGCCAUCGAUGCCUCCAGGAAAGCGAGCGCGUCAUGGGAGGAGACGGAGCGCCCUGUUCGGCCAACGACACUGCCAGCUUUCCAUCGACGCCGUGUCCAGGGGGUAUUCGUGCUACCGUGAUCUUUCCCUCGUGUUGGGAUGGUGUGAAUCUUGAUUCACCAGACCAUAGAUCGCAUGUGGCGUACGCGCCAAAUUCAGCCUUGCUCGGUGGUCUCGCUGGUGACCAGUGUCCAAGUAGCCACCCGGUCAGGAUUCCGCAGGUAAUGUAUGAGAUCAUGUUCGACACUUCUGGAUUUUCAGACCCGAUAUAUUACCGAGACGGCAAGCAGCCGCUGGUGUAUAGCUUUGGCGAUGCGACCGGGUAUGGUGCGCAUGGCGACUACUUAUUCGGCUGGGAAGGCGACGCGCUCCAGAAGGGGAUGGAUGCUCUUGGCAACAGAUGUGGAAGCGAGGACUGCACAUCCACGUUGACCAUUCAAGCCGGGAAGGACGCGAUUGCGUGGCUCGACCAACUCCCGGGUGGUGUUCAGAUUACAGAGUAG